AUGAGCGCUAAGAGUCUCACUUUCGAAGAAGUGGAAGUUGGCACCCGCUGUACUAAGGUUUUCCACAUUAUUAACUACAGCCCUGACGUGACAACCCAGUAUCAAGUCGUCCAGACGAGAUGCAACGACGUCGGUGAAGGCGUCGCGUAUUCGGUGCUAGAGCUCGAUAAUCACUGUGGCGUUAUCGAGCCUAGGUCUACUGCUACUGUUGUCGUGACCGCGCGCCCUGAAAUCCCCUAUAAUCACUACCGGCGACUUUGGGUACUCGUGAGGCAUGCUGCGGAGCCUCUCUAUGUUGACUGUAUCGUUAACAGCUUCAACGCGGACCACCACCCGAUGAAACUAACGUACGCCCAUGUUAAGCUGUGGCGCGCUAUAACAAGCGCGGAUCUCAGCAGCUUUCCUCCGCCCAACUCCAAUGACAACAAGCUCCCUCCUAGUGUGGCUCUCGAUGAUUCCGAAGGGCCUUCGAACGGUUGGGAGGAACUUGUGAAAGCUACUGGUCUUGUCUCUGAGAGGGCGGUUACCUUCGGAGCUUGUUCGCCAGCUAACGGUCCGUACCUGAGGAAAAUAUCCGUGAACAAUCCCAGCCCGGGAAGGGUUAUGGUGUACUGGCCGAGUCGAAACGCAACAUGCAAGCCAGCUUUUGAGAUCCGUCCGGGAUCUGGAGAGAUCCCCGGUUCGAAUACCAGGGAGUUCACAAUUGAAUACCACCCUCCAACUGAAGGGGACUGCCGCUACACGGUCGCUUCCAUGGACUGCGUAAUGGUGCCUAAAGAGAACAGGUCAGCGAAUUACGAGAGUCUCGAGCGGAACUUUUCCUGUAGGAGCUACCGAUUUGGUGAUGCUGCGAUGCUCGUCCCACCGCAUACGUCAACCAUCGUUGCUACAGCUCAUUCUUGGCCGUCGGAGAGACAUGCUGAACCUAAAGUGACGGUCAACUCGGCCACGAAAGAAUCGACUAGCGUACGGUUCAGAGGUGUAACUCCAGGGCAAACAGAUGCGCAGGUUAGUUAG